GUCCAACCCGAAAGAUGCCCCCCGGCGCCAGCGCCAUGGACUUCUUCCAGCUCUUCGUCCCGGACAACGUGCUCAAGAACAUGGUGGUGCAGACGAACAUGUACGCCAAGAAGUUCCAGGAGCGCUUCGGCAGCGAUGGCGCCUGGGCCGAGGUGACGCUGACAGAGAUGAAGGCGUUCCUGGGCUACAUGAUCUCCACCAGCAUCUCCCACUGCGAGUCGGUCCUCAGCAUCUGGAGCGGCGGCUUCUACAGCAACCGGAGCCUCGCCCUCGUCAUGAGCCAGGCCCGCUUCGAGAAGAUCCUCAAGUACUUCCACGUGGUGGCCUUCCGCUCCAGCCAGACCACGCACGGCCUCUACAAGGUCCAGCCCUUCCUCGACUCCCUGCAGAACGGCUUCGACUCUGCCUUCAGGCCUUCCCAAACCCAGGUGCUACACGAACCCCUGAUUGACGAGGACCCUGUGUUCAUCGCCACGUGCACGGAGCGGGAACUCCGAAAGAGGAAAAAGCGGAAAUUCAGCCUCUGGGUCAGGCAGUGUUCCUCCACUGGCUUCAUUAUCCAGCCCUUGUGGUCCAACAACAAUGGUAAACACUGAUCAAAGCUCGGGCCCUGACCGUGUCAGCCAGAAGCAUCACCAGAAGAGCCGGUCACAAGAGGGGACUCCCAUCUGUCUGAGGACAGGCUGUGUGGUGGUCCCAGAAGACCCCUCCCACCCCCGUCCCCUCAUCCCGUCCUGAGGAAGCCUUCUUCAGGGGCCACCUGGUUAAAUUAGCCUCCGCCAGGAGCACAGGCUCUGUUCCGCUCCAGGCAGACACGGACGUGGCUUUCAGCAGAGUUGGGGAAGUGUCAGGUGUCCGGCUGCCGGGAUCGGCCGGGGUGCGGCAUGCACAAAAGGAGAAGCUGGGGGCUGGCCAACGCCAGAACGUGGCGCCUAAGUGACAGCUCCUGGCCCCGGGCUGCUUUCUCCUGCCAUGCCACCUGGGACACCCUCUUCCAUCUGUCAGGACUGCCAGCCCUGCAGUCCCAGCCGACCCCACCUCACCGCCCUCGCCCGGCUGCUGGCCCGACCCGAGGCACAGGGGUUCCGCACUCCCUUCCCCCCGGGGCCAGAGGAGGAGUCGUGGGAAGACUCAGUCGGGUAUCUCCUCACCACAGUAAGGAAAGUGCACGUGCUUCAGGCAAACGUGGCUGCUAAGAAGGACCGUCCCAUUCUCUCCCUGCAGGCCUGGGGUCCUUCAGCUUGGGCUGGGGCUGGUCCUCGGACAUCUGCCCGUGUGGCUUGUGAACAGAUGCUCCCGCGUGGGUUCUGCGUGCGUGUGUCUACACCACUGCCUUCUUACUGGGAGCGCUCAGUGGCCAGGAAUCAUGCCCACUACCUGGCAAGACCACAGAUCUCCCCCCGGGACAGGCUCUGCCCAACUUCUAUAAAAUCCCCAUCUAUAAAAAGGCUGGACGGGUACCUUGAAGUUUCCUUUUGUUUCUAGAAUGCUGUGAUUCUAGGAGGCUUUGCUGCCUGGUGAGGGGCUGCACUUACAAGCCAGAAGUGAGCAGCAGUCGGGCUCUGCACCGUGGCCGGGGCAACAGGGGGUUAUCCUUCGGCCACAGGCUGUCCUGUGACGGGUAGAGUGAGAACGGUCCCCAGUGCCUCUCUUUGUUCCCUGGUCCAGAGGGAGGGGCCUGUGGUGGGCAGCAAGCAGGGAAGGACACCUUGCCUGUGAGGAGCCAGAGCACGGAGGGAGCCACCAUGCGGCCUGGGCACGGUUCUCCUUGGUUUCACGUUUCUCUUUAGUUCCCCUGUCCUUGGUUCUCCACGUCCUGAGCCUGGUCUGAUAAGUUUUGAAAGUCCGCAGCCUGGGCAGGUAGGUGGGGCGAGCAAAGCUGGGUGGAGCAGCCCCUUCCCCGGAAGAGCUUGCUCGCCUCCAUCCCCCGCGUCUUCCAACAGCCUGUGCGGUCCGAGCGCCGGAGGGUGGGUGGUCCUCCUCCCUGGUGCCCACUCGGGGUGCCCGCUGAGGUUGGUGUUGGCCGCGCAGAGUCGGCACUUCCUGCUGCUUCUGUCCCAUGAUCCUGGGCUGCCUCUGCCCUCCU